ACCAGCAGUUCUGGUGCAACUGAAUCCUUCAUCAGCAUCUGAAUUGCACACAUUUAUGUGGGUGGGAAGACAGCGGCCUCACCCAGUGUCGACUAUGCAGCAUCUUUGUCCACGUCUACGUCUGAAUCUGAGUUUGUGCCAUCGUGUGAAGAACUUUUAUGAGGAUGUAUGUCUGUGAUCGUCGAUUUCGUUUGAUGGCAGGGAGAGCUGGUGUUAGAUCGGCUGGGAGAGCGGAGCAGGCUAAACUAACUGCUAGCCCAUGUGCAGUGUUUUUGUCUGCACCUUUGUCAUCGUGUGGAGUGCGGGGGAGGUGUGUCGAAGGUGUCUGGCUGGGAGAGCUAGCGCUGGAUCAGCUGAGGGAGCUUGGUCUGCUGCAUCCUGUGGGCCAAAGGACCACGGCCCUGACCGGAGCUGUGCCUGAAGAGGAAACGUCGAGGGCGGUCUGACAGGACGCGGAAGCGGGGCAGGCUAAGCAAACUGCUAGCCCAUGCAGACCGGCAGUUCUGACAGUCAUCCUUCGUUCUCCUGGACAGUGAAAUUUUUGAAUUGUGUUGCAAAUUUACUGAAUGGACGGUGUUGUUGACCGUGUGUGUGUGUGUGUUUUUUUUUUGUUGCUUUGUUCUCUCUGGUUUUGUACAUUGUUGAUGGUGUCGUUUUUGGGAAGUUUUGGAUGUGUUUUUGUCUUUUGUGUUGUACUGCUGUGGGCUGGGAGAAACGAAAUUUCGUCUCUUUUGUGUACGCAAGUACAUGAAUGAGAUGACAACAAAUUGUUCCUGAUUCCUGAUAUUGCAUUAGUAUGAAAUUGCUGCUUAUUAUUUUAUUGAUGUACGUAGCUGUUCCCUUCUAUAAAGUACUUUAUUCUUGUCUGCCAGCACUGACAAUAUGUGUACAGAAAUGUUUUUUUGUCAAUGUGUACAUCUACCAAGCUGUGCUGAAUGUAGUUUUUUAUGAAUCAUUAUUUUUUUUAGAUUUGUAAAUUAAAGCUAUUUUAUUGUGAGGUACAGGUAAAAAGCUCAGAUUUCAUUUUAUAUUGCUUUUGUAACGUCUCUUUAUUGUUUCUUCCACCAUUUGCACAGUUUAAAGACAGUACAGCACCUUUCUGCACUGCUUUUUCUGCCUUUUUUGAUAUUUGACCUUAAAUCAAAGAUCUUACCAACCACAAAUAUCAUCAGGGCCAAAAAGUACAAUAGUGUGCAAACACAAGUGUUUGUGAAAGCAUUGCAACACACUGAAGUGUGUUCAAAUACAGUUUUCAACUAACUUAAAUACUUACAUUAAGUCAUCAGAAUAACAGUACACUAGUUUUUGAGUUUCUGAUAAAGGUCAAUCAAAACUAAUCCGAAAACCAGACAAACUCUCUCGGAGUGAUCCCAUUUCCUUAAGCAGCUCGGUGGUCACAAUUUUCGACGGUCGCCGAUUUUGCUGUGACGCGGCUGCGACGCUGCCGCCGCUCGCUGCUGACUAUGUUCGGUAGACUCUGACUCCAGCUGGCCGCAAGCAGUUUGGUGCCAAGCAAAAAUAAUUACUAUUAGAUAUUCUUGCGCCCGGGCUUUAUCUUUGUUCGACAAUCAUUUAUUUUAUUCAUUUAUUUUUCACAAAGAAAAGAAAAAAAAACAUUGCGCAGGUGACGCAAGUGGCAGACUCACCAUCAGUAAACAAUAAAAGCACAGCUACGCGUAGUUUCUCUCCUUCACGCGUUAUCUCCGCCCAGCCAAAUCCCGAGGGAAGGGUAUAGAUUAACAAAUCGUAAGGGACCGUCAAAAAGUCCACGCUGCGGAGGCGAUUGACAAAUCAUAAGGGACCGUCAAAACGUCCACGCUGCGGAGGCGAUUGACAAAUCAUAAGGGACCGUCAAAAAGUCCACGCUGCGGAGGCGGCGUUUCCGUGACGUCACCCGUGACGCAGUCCGAUCGGUUUCGCUCGUCCACGUCCGGGGGAGUACGGCGUGGCGACGGCGCUUGUCGGGAUAUAGCGAAGGCAGCUAAGCUACUAGUCAUGUUACACGAGACGCGAAGCGGGCGCCUCGCACGUCAGCGGCUGUGAUCCUCGAGAAGGCGGCGAACGCGGCGUUUUGGUUUGGUUACUUCGCGCCGGUUCGCGUGCUCCCGACAUCUGCGUGGCGUCAUCGGCGCGGACGGCGAUGAACCCGUCUCUGGGCAGGGGUGGUCUGAUAGGGCUGGCCGUCGGAGCCACCGCGGGCUUGGGCUUGAUCGCGUUCCUAAUUUACAAGGAAGUGUCCAGGAGAAGGUCGCAGAGGAUGCUGCUGGAGGCCAGCCCGUCCGCUCCGGCGUUCAACGCCACCGAUGGACCAACGCUGCUGCUGGGGUCGCUGGAUGCCCAAGAGGCGGAGGCCCAGCAGCAGGCGCUAGCGGCGGUGGAGGCCGUGGUGCAGGGCCUGUCCCCGGAGCAGCAGCUGGAGCUGAGGAACCAGCUGGACAACGUGCUGAGCUGCGUGGCCUCGCUGCGCUCAGAGGUGGCUGAGCUGAGGGGCGGCCUGCAGGACAUCGCCCAGCAGAUCAUCCAGGAUGUCAAAAAGGGUGUAGAAGAUAGCCAACGGGCGCGGAGGCGGCGCCACGUCAUCCACCGGGAGCGCACAGACUCCGUGAGCUCCAGCUCCGUCUACUUCACCGCCAGCCAGGGAGUUGCCAGCGCCUACGGAGGAGAGACCAGUGAGGGAGGGUACACCACGGCCUAUGCCGAAUCUGACUACACCGACCGUGACACGGACAGAGAGGAAGGCGACAAGGAGCCCGAGCAAGAGUCUGAAGAAGAGGAGGAGGAGGAGGAGAAGAGCUGUGCUACCAUUCUCACCCUACGCCAGGAAGACUCCCAAGAAGAAGAAGAAGAGGAGGAUGAGGAGAGGGAGGAAGAGGAGCUGCAGCAGCAGGAGGAGAGGCCAGAGUUGGUGAUUGGGAUUCCCAGCGGGGAGCUGGCCCUCCUCCUGGCACAGAGCGACAUCCUGCACACAGGCGAUGCCACUUUAAAAGCAGACGGCUUCCACCUGCUGCUGGCCAACAGAGUGCAGUGUGGAGACAGCAGGGAGUUUCUAUGGCGGCUGGCACGAGCCUACAAUGACAUGUAUGACUCAACAGAGGACAAACAGGAGAAGAGGUGCUAUGCAGAACAAGGUCGUGAGGAGGCGGAGAAUGCGCUGAAGAAAAACGGCCUGAAUGCAGAAUGCCACAAAUGGUUUGCUGUGCUCACAGGACUCACCUCACAGUACGAGACCAUGCAUGGCAAACUGAAGAGCAGCCACUUACUAAAGGAGCACUUGGACCGAGCGAUCGCCCUCGGAGACGACGACGACCCGCUGUGCUUCUACCUGCUUGGGCGAUGGUGCUAUGAGGUAGCCACCCUGGGUUGGCUGGAGAAGAAGGCUGCGGCCGCCCUUUACCAGCAUCCGCCCAACUCCACCCUCCAUGACGCCUUGGAAAAUUUCCUCAAGGCAGAGGAACUCAGCCCAGGUUUCUCCAAGACCGUGAGACUUUACAUUGCCAAGUGUCACAAGGAGCUCGGAAACAUCUCCGAGGCGAGGAAUUGGACCAAGCUGGCUUUGAAGAUGCCCAGAACCUCCAACAACGAUGAUGAUGCUGCUAAUUUGGAGGCGGAGCUUGGAGCCUUAACUGACAAAGUAACUGACCACCUGCUCACCGGCGAGGACCAAUAGGAAGAGCCGUGUAGACAUAUCAGCUGGUUGGCUUGCUAUCCUUUCAAUCAGGUGUGCGCCAUUAACAUCGCAUGUUCCUCCCUCACUAAUGAGCAGAGGGGAAAAAGUCUUUUUCUGUCACAGUCACUGUGAUAAAUAUGGAGUGAGUUUUUAAAUAUGUUUAUUUAUUGCAACCUUUAAUGUGGCUAAUUUUGCAGUCGAGAUAUUUGUUGUUGCUACCCUAAUUUAAAGAUUCUAUUUAUUAUCAAGUGUUGCACAUCAGAUUUAAUUUUUGAAGUGCUGUUAAUUCAACAGGCAUACAAGCAGAGCUCUUUGCUGCUCUGGUUUGCUUGUUGUUUUUUUUCUCCGCAAUUGUAUCCGGCCAAUUACCCCACUCUUCCACGCUGUCCCGGUCGCUGCUCCACCCCCUCUGCCGAUCCGGGGAGGGCUGCAGACUACCACAUGCCUCCUCUUACAUGUGGAGUCACCAGCCACUUUUCACCCGACAGUGAGGAGUUUCACCAGGAAGACAUAGCGUGUGGGAGGAUCACUCUAUUAUUCCCCAGUUCGCCCUCCCCCUCCCCCUCCCCGAACAGGCACCCUGGCUGACCAGAGGAGGCGCUAGUGCAGCGACCGGGACACAUACCCACAUCCGGCUUCCCACCCGCAAACACAGCCAAUCGUGUCUGUAGGGACGCCUGACCAAGCCAGAGGUAACACCGGGAUUCGAACCGGUGAUCCUCGUGUUGGUAGGCAGCGCAAUAGACCACUACGCUACCCUGGUUUUCUCCUGUUUAGUAGUUUCCGACCCAAAAUACUUUGUGCCGUGUGUGUCAAGUGAUUAUGCGGUGUCGUGAGGACUCUGAGUUUGAAGGGAUUAUUUUUUUAUGUUAUGUGUAUAAGAGUAAAGCAUAUUACAUACUGAACUGGGAGUGGGGGCAGGUUUGUUAAACAGGAUUGAACUGUAUAGAAAAUUAUAAUUUUCUAGCUGUUUUAAUCUGUGUUGGAGGUGAUAAAAACAUUUCAAGUUUUGGAUGAAAAAUGUGUGAAUUCACUACAAUAUUGAGUCGCUUGUACCCAAGACUAUAUACCAGAUAUAUCGACCCAGUCAGUGGUAUGAUAAUGUGGCACUAUUUCAGCCGAGAGACAUGGGCUUUAGAAGUUAAUACAGUAUGCAGGGACACUUUGGGGGUGUUUUGUUAUAUCGGUGAUUCAGGAGAUUGGGGAGGGUGUAGUAGGCCUGUGCUUCAUAGCAUGUUCAAAAUGAGCUUUCUCAAUAACUAAUAGUUCUCAUUGUUGUGAAAUGCCUCUUAUUUUACUACUGUACUUGAAUAUGUUGAGUAGGUUGCCAUUAUGUGGAGAAUAACACUAUGCCAGCUCUUUUCAACCAUGAGGUGAUUCAACCACAAAUUUGGAUAACACAGUUAUAUAAUUGUUAAAUGAUCCUUGGUAGAGUGUUGUAUUAUUUUGACCAAUAUCAGUCUGGAAAAUUCCUUAAUUGUCCCUCCAAUCAAGUCGGACUUGAUUUGUCUUGAUGUAGUACAAGGCAAAUUGUCCUGGACUGCUUGCACCAAUCAUUCCCAGCUGAAACGUGUUAUCACUGGAAGUGCAUGGUUUGCAUUAAUUAAGUAUAUUUAGAUUUACUCCCUUUUUCCCCCCAUUGUAUUUUCUGCCUUCGAUCUGUGAGAUGUUUUACAUUCUUUUUUCAUCAAUUAUGGAGAAGAUGCAGUAUGUGAGCCAACAUUGCUUUGUAAUCCGAGUUCACCUUAAGUCUUAUAAUGUUAAUUUUGAAGAAAUUGUAUUUGCUUUGAGAUUAGUGUGUGUUCCUCAUACAGCCCUUACAUGGAUGUCAUGUUUGAAAAUAAGAAUGACUCUGACCCUAUCAAGAAUGACAAGGCUACAACUAACAUUCGCACAUUAACAGCACUGAAUAAAGUCUGUUUUUUUUUUGUACAUGAUCUUAUG